AAAGUAAGUUGGCGUUUGUGAUGUCUUAUUAAGUUGUGGUUAAAACAAUUGCAAUAAUUACAUCAUGAAUAAAAGGUGUGUGCUAUUCAUCCAACGGAUAUAAACCAAAUAUGACUUGACUGACGGCUAUUAAAUAUAUGAUGUACAUAGUUUAUGUCAUCAAUUAAAUUACCGGUACAUAUAUACUAGUGAGGAUGUUAUUACUAGGAAAUCCUUAAUAUAGGUUCGAUUUCAUGAAUGUUUUGAUUCAUUUUGUGUAUUGGUUGAAUUACAUCAAUAGCAUAAACAGGAGUAAGUGUUUACAUUCAGAAAUGUGUCAGAAAAACAAACAUACUAAAAACGAAUCGUAGAAUAUUUGGCGACCAAAAGACAAAGCAAGCUUUUUAAUAUUUUAUAGACUUCUCGGCUAAUGUUGGAAAUAGUUGAAAUUUACUUCUGUAGCAAGAACUGAUAUUUUGUUAAAAUACAUUAUUUUGUAUGUCAAUGAUUAUUUAUAACAGUUAAAGUUUUACCUGUAAUGAUAUACCUGAUAAUACCAAUAUAACACCACCUAUACAAAAAACGUUAUCAGAACUUGUUUGAUCAUCGAGAUCUUCACCUGUUUAAAAGGGAAAAUUAUAAUAUCAAAAUGACGUUAGAAGAUCGUGGCUACAGUUUUCAAAAUCCCGGCGGUGGAAAGCACUCAUUUACCACUGUGGAUUAUGUUCUGUUCGCUCUGACGUUGGCUGUAUCUGCUAGUAUAGGAUUUUAUUAUGCCUGGGCGGACAGACGAAAGAAGAACAUUAAGGAAUUCCUAAUGGCUGGAGGUAACAUGAGUCCUAUUCCUGUGGCACUCUCUCUACUUGCCAGUUUCAUGUCUGCCAUUACUUUACUGGGUACCCCAGGAGAGAUGUACAACUACACAACCAUGUAUUGGUGGAUAGGAUUAUCCUACUUCUUUGUAGUGUUUGGUGCGGCACAUGUGUUCCUGCCUGUAUUUUAUAACCUUAAGGUCACCAGUGCAUACGAGUAUUUAGAGCAUCGUUUCAGUAAGGGUGUCAGAACAGCUGGUUCUAUGACAUUUUCUAUACAAAUGUUGUUGUAUAUGGCGCUUGUCCUGUAUGCUCCAUCACUCGCUUUAAAUGCAGUGACUGGGUUUACGCUAUGGGGAUCAGUCAUAUCAGUCGGCUUAGUUUGUACAUUGUAUACCUCUAUUGGUGGAAUGAAAGCAGUGUUAAUAACAGAUUCAUUUCAAGUUAUUAUAAUGUUUACUGGUUUGAUAGCAAUUCUUAUAAAAGGAAGCAUCGAAGUUGGUGGGUUUGGCGAAGCAUGGCAACUUGCUUACGACAGCGGAAGAGUUUAUUUUGAUGAUUUUAGUCCAGAUCCUGCUGUUCGACACAGUGUUUGGUCACUAGUCAUAGGUGGAGCAUUUACUUGGGUUGCUAUCUAUGGAGUAAAUCAAGCUCAAGUACAAAGAUGUUGCACAGUCCCCACAUUAAAGCAAGCUCAGAUAGCUUUGUGGUUGAAUUUCCCAGGACUAUGUUUUAUUUUAUACCUGUGCUGUCUGAUUGGUAUGGUUGUCUUUGGUUUGUACAGUCACUGUGAUCCCUUUCUAUAUAAAUCAAUAAAAUCUUCGGAUCAGCUUUUACCGUUAUUUGUAAUGGACGUUCUUGGUAGUCUACCAGGGUUUCCAGGAUUAUUUGUGGCCUCUCUCUUCAGUGGAGCAUUGAGUACUGUAUCUUCUGGUUUGAACUCUCUGUCAGCAGUGGUAUUACAAGAUGUAGUCAAAAGUUAUUUUGUUCCAGAUUUGUCAGAGGAAAAAGCUACACUGGUUUCUAAAAUCCUAGUCUUUGUUUUCGGUAUUAUCUGUUUGGGAUUGACUUACAUAGCAUCGCUAUUAGGUGGAGUUUUACAGGCUGCACUGUCUCUGUUUGGAAUGAUUGGUGGUCCAUUACUAGGACUCUUUAUUCUUGGAAUGAUGUUUCCGUGGUCAAAUAAGUGGGGAGCUUAUACAGGAUUACUAAGUGGACUUGUGUUUAUGUUUUGGAUUGGUGUUGGUGCUCAGAUACAUAAACCAAAUAUACCAAAAUCUCCAGUGUAUACCACAGACUGCAUUUGGAACAUUACUAAUAACGUAUCGACAACUGCUAUGCCUACGACAACUCCUAUGUUUAACGCAUCGAUAGCUGCUGCAGAUGACAGUGAUCCACUGCAGCGACUCUACGAUUUAUCCUACAUGUGGUACAGUGCAACAGCUGUGUUAACUGUGUGUUGCGUUGGUUUGAUCGUCAGUUUUAUAACAGGUCCCACAAGAGCUGCGGAUCUAGACCCUAAACUAAUAUGUCCAUUGUUCGAUAUUUUAUUUCCGUAUCUACCAGAGAAAAUAAAGAAGCCAAUGCGUUUUGGUGUAAACCAUAAAGGGGCUCGUCAUAUUCCUGCAUCUGAUUCCGAGGCUCCACUUAAGAAGAGUUCAACAAAUAAAUUAAACACCUUCAGUAGUACAGACUCACUUGAUAAGACGAAUGGAGAUCUGAACACGUUUGGUAAAUCCAACGGAGAAAUCAAUUGUACAUUUGAAGAUGAAAAUGACAAACCAAAAACAAAUGGUGCCAAUAACAUACCACCGUCAUACGAUGAAGUUUUAGAAAGUGAAACAAUACCUGCAGUGGUAAUCAAUGAUGCUGAGCACAUGACAAAGCUUUGAAAACAUUGAAGUGUUUCACUCAUGUUAUUCUUAAAUUUAGUAUUUUAUUUUCACAAUGUAUAAUGAAUUGCACACAUUUUUUUUUAAAUAUGAAUAUUUUUUUUAUAUAUUUUGACGUUAUGCAAAGAACUAUCACCCAAUCAUCUAUUAUGUGUUCCUUAACAAGCCUUAUAAAGACGGUUAAAUACGUCUAAUUGGUAACCCCUUUUUACUUUGGAUUAUUUCAGCAUUUCUGUGCUGACAUGAAUUAUGAUACAGAUGGUAAUAUUUAUAAAAUAACUGUUUACAAAACUUUCUUUUUUAAAUACUAAGAAUUUUACACCUCAGGAUUAUAUAGCCUUAGCUGUAUUUGGCUAACUGUUAGGAGUUUUGGUCCUCAAUGCUCUUCAACUUCAUACUUUAUUUGGCCUUUUUAACUCCUUUGGAUUCGAGUGCUACUGAUGAGUCUUUUGUAGAAGAAACGCGAAUCUGGCUUAAAUACAAAAUUUAAUCCUGGUAUCUAUGAUGAGUUUAUUUUCAUUGGUACAUUUAAAGGCAGAAAUAAAUGGUACAUUGACAAUAUUUAACUGCUUAUUCAUAUUUGUUCGCUUUAAUAAUAUGUAUAUGACCUCCGUGAAAUUUGGGCUUGUUUU